CAUUUGAGUGGGCUUGAUACGACAUACUGCAGCCAUUGCAUGUCGAAUUACCUUCUUUGGACCCAAAUUCACUUACUUCGGUUUUAUUUCUCAUUAUUGGCCCAGUCCUCGAAAUCGAAAUGGCCGAUCUCAACGAGAAAACAGGAUCCAAUGGCGAGGAGACGGUCGGUCUGGAACGGACUGAUUCGAACUCCAGUGUAACGGGUGUGAAGGAGAGGCGUCUUCUGAGGAAGCUAGAUAGACAUCUCCUUCCGGGAUUGGUGGUCAUAUAUUUGCUCUCGUUUUUAGAUCGGAGUAACGUGGCCAAUGCUCGUCUGGAAGGAUUGACGGAUGAUCUUCAUAUGACUGGAAACCAAUAUCUAACCAGUCUCACUGUUUACUUUAUCGGCUACGUGCUGUUCGAAAUACCGUGCAACAUCAUCCUCAAACUUACCACACCGAGAAUUUGGUUGCCGACUCUCACCUUACUGUGGGGCAUUGUUUCUACGCUUAUGGGUGUGACACAAAACAUGACUGGGUUCUUCGUUGUCCGCUUCUUUCUUGGCGUGACAGAAUCAGGUCUAUUCCCGGGCGUCGUGUUCUACCUCAGUAUGUGGUACCGGCGAGAGGAAAGAGUGUAUCGUGUUGCUCUCUUCUUUAGUGCAGCGAGUUUGGCUGGCGCGUUUGGCGGAAUUCUGGGAUUCGGCAUAGGCAAGAUGGCAGGUGUUGCAGACCUUCGUGGAUGGCGAUGGAUAUUCAUCCUCGAAGGUCUAGUCACCGUAGUGGUCUCUCUACUCGCUUAUCUUUUCAUCGUCAAUUAUCCCUCGACUGCUCCUUUCCUUACCGAAAAAGAACGUGAAACGAUCCAAUCCCGCCUUGCAGCCGACUCUGACGCGACUGUAGCGGAACCUUUUGAUUGGCAGAAUGUAUCGAAGUGUCUAAAGGAUCCCAAAUGCUGGUUGUAUGGAUUAUCAUUCCAUACACUUUCGCUCCCGUUAUACACGCUAUCCCUGUUCCUUCCUACGAUUAUCAAGGACCUGGGAUAUACUGCUGCCAAUGCACAACUACUCAGUGUGCCUCCCUAUGCCCUUGCCACCAUCCUCACGCUGCUUGUUGCGAUAUAUAGCCAGCGCCUUGGCGCGCGUGCACCUUUAAUGAUCGCCAGUUCCCUCACUGGUAUAAUCGGAUACAUCAUCUUAAUUACGAACAAGCACCCAACUCAACGACCUGGAGUUUCCUACCUCGGAACGUUCUUCGCCGCAGCGGGGAUUUAUCCUGCCACCGCGUUGGCGUUGUCGUGGCCAGCGAUGAACGUUGCCGGUCAGACGAAGAGAGCGAUAGCGUGUGCUAUGCAGAUCAGUGUGGGCAACUUGGGUGCGGUGAUGGGUACGCAGUUGUAUAGACCUGUGAUGAGUCCGAGGUAUGUGUUGGGACACGGGUUUGCGAUGGGAUAUUUGUGUGCAAAUGUGGUGGUUGUGGGGACGUUGUGGGUGAUUUUGGUGAGAGAGAAUCGGAGGAGAAAGGGUCUUGUUGGGAAUGGAGGGUCUUAUCGGAAGGAUUCUACUGUUCAGUUGGAGGGUGAUGAUGAUGUUCGAUGGAGGUUUCAUUUGUAGGUAAUAAAUAUAUGAUCUUGAAACUCAUAAAUGCCCGUGUGUAGCCCCGUAUUGCCAUGAGUGCUAGAAACAAACACUCUAACAUUUGCCUCUUAAUCCACCUCCAUAUCUGACGCGUUCGCAGCGGAAAAGCCUUCGUAGCGAACCUCUGAAUCCAUGUCAAAGUCUUCGAAGCAAACCGAGUCCUCGUCUCCAUCAGCGUCAGAGUCUGUAUCGAACGUGGCGCCCUGGAUUCGCGAUUGGAACUCAGUGGACAUUGGAUUGACAUCCUGUACGACGGAAGCAAAUGUUGGCGAAUCUAUGUCCAUGGAAUCUGCCAUCGCCGUAGAAAAUGGUGAAUCUAGUCCGAUCAUCAACAGAGCAUAAAGGUGAUGGACAUUGUCGUUCAUAUCUACCAGAUGUUUCUUUGGGUUGUCCCGAGGGUGGACAGUCAGAGGUCUGUCCUCAGAUGAAGGUAAAUGAAGACACACCUGCACUUAGCUCCUCAAAUCGGCUCGAUUCUAUUGGCAGAGCUUCCCAUGCAGGAUAUCCAAGGUAAUGCGCAAAUUCGGUAGUGGUUGGAUUGAAUCCUCUUGCAAUCUGCCAUCUGUGGAUUGAUCUGUACAUCUCGUUAGGCCAGUAGUAUGCGUAACUCGACAAAUAGUGCACGCUAAGCUCGGUGGGUAGACCAAGGUAUUCACAACGAUGGCGCGGGAUCGAUGUUUGUCCAUUUUCAUCGAAAGACCAGGUGUGGAUGGACCCAACUGAGCGUAGCGGGUGGACAAAAAAGUAUAUGGGCGGAUCUUGUGAGCGUCGUUGCUGUUUCUCUUUCGAGUCUUCAAUCGAUCCCUUCAAGUCGAUGUAUGGCACAACGAG